UUUUCAAUGAAUCUGGCGAAAUCAUAUAUAUAUAUGCUGAUCAUAAUUGGAGUUUAUUAGCGACUUGAUUAAACCAGCCCACUGAAUAUUAAUGAUGAGGCGAUACUGCUUAGUGGUGGUCCUCUGUUUAGUAUCAAGCACCCAGGCCGACAUAAACAACAAAUACUUUCCCGAAUCUUUUCAAUUCGGUGCUGCCGGAGCGGCAUAUCAGAUCGAGGGCGCCUGGAAUGAAGAUGGCAAAGGGGAAAGUAUAUGGGACCAUUUCUUGCACUACAACAACCCUACGAGUAAAGUCGCCGACGGCACCAAUGGUGAUGUAGCUUGCGACUCAUACCAUAAGUGGCAAGAGGACGUGGAUAAUUUAAAAAAGCUUGGCGUCAGGAUCUACAGGCUUUCCAUUUCUUGGACAAGAAUUCUACCGGACGGUACCCCGUACCGAGUGAAUCAGGAAGGAGUCGAUUACUAUCUCAAUCUGUUUAAGGCGCUCAAACAAAACGGAAUCGAACCAUUGGUAACCCUCUAUCAUUGGGAUUUGCCUCAGCACCUUAGCGACUUUGGAGGUUUUUUGAACCCCCAACUAGCUGAUUAUUUCGCCGCUUAUGCCCGCAUCUGUUUCGAGAACUUUGGCCCUUACGUCAAAUACUGGAUGACCAUCAACGAACCCCAAACUACAUGCGGGUCGGGCUACAGCUUGGGGGCGCACGCCCCAGGAUACACACUGAUCGACGGUGGCAUGUACCAGUGCGCUUACGUUUCGUUGUUGGCUCAUGCCAGAGCGUGGCACGUCUACAACGAUGAGUUCAGGGCUCAGCAAGGAGGGAAAGUUGCCCUAGGCCUAGUAUGCGGCCUUUCGAUCCCGUUAGACCCCAAUAACCCGAAGGACCAGGAGGCCGCAGAAAGGAACCAUCUAAUGGGUUGCGCCUCAUAUGGGAAUCCGGUAUACGUCGGAAACUGGCCCCAAGUGAUGAUCGAUCGAAUCGCCGCCAAAAGCAAAGAGGGCAACUAUCCUUUCUCCCGACUUCCGCAGUUCACCCAGGAGGAGAUCGACUUGAUCAAUGGAACCAGCGACUUCUUAGCCGUUAACUACUACUCCUCCGCGCUGGUUCAAUACCUAGAUGAUUUUGUGGGAUUCCCGCCCAACAAUUUAUUUGAUCUCAACGUCCUGGCUUUCGCUAACCAAUCAUGGCCGCAAGCUGCUUCCAUUUGGCUUACCUCCUAUCCGGAGGGACUCAGAAUCAUUCUAAACCGGUUAAACAAAGAUUACAAUCCCGGCGAGAUCAUAAUCACUGAGAACGGCUGGUCCGACACUGGAGAGCUGGACGAUCAGGGUCGUAUUACCUACAUCCAGGCACACUUGAGCGCCAUACUGGAUAGUAUCUUGGAAGAUGGCAUCAACGUUACCGGCUACACGGUCUGGAGUCUGAUGGACAGCUUUGAAUGGUCGACAGGGUACACGGAACCGUUUGGACUCAUCAAAGUCGAUUUCAACGACCCACAGAGGACCAGAACGUGGAAGAGUUCGGCAAAAUACUACCAGAACGUUAUCGCCACUAGAUGUUUGUUAGAUCAGUGCCAAUGAGAAUAUUGUUUAUCUAUUACUGCGUAAAUGUGUAGUAAAUUAGAAAAUGUAGUGCAUAAAAUUAUAAAUAUA